AUGGAUAAUACGCUGGAGAAAACGUCGUCGUCUUCUUUAUCUGUUGUGGAGAAGAAAUCUGGAGGGUGUGUUGGGAUUUUCUUUCAACUGUUUGAUUGGAACCGCAGAAUGGCUAAGAAGAAGCUCUUCUCCUCAAAAUUGCUUCCUCCAGUUCGUUUGAAACAAGCUUCGAAGAAACUCGUUGGGGUCGGAAAGCAAUCGAAGCUUCGGUUG